AAUGCUCAACACAUCCGACCUCACCCUCAACACACCCAACCCUCAACACCUGCAUCCUCACUCUCAACACCUGCAUCUUCACUCCCAACACCUAAACCUAGCCUCACUCUCAACAUCUGCAACCUCACUCUCAACAAGUGCAACAUCACUUUCAACACCUGCAACCUCACCCUAUACCUCACCCUCAACACCUGCAACCUCACCCUAAACACCUGCAACCUCACCUUCAAGACAUCCAGCCUCACUAUCAACAUCUGCAACCUGACUCUCAACAAGUGCAACAUCACUUUCAACACCUGCAACCUCACCCUAUACCUCACCCUCAACACCUGCAACCUCACCCUAAACACCUGCAACCUCACCUUCAAGACAUCCAGCCUCACUCCCAACACCUGCAGCUUCACUUUCAACAUCUCAACCUCACCUUCAAGACAUCCAGCCUCACUCUCAACAUCUGCAACCUCACUCUCAACAAGUGCAACCUCACCCUCAACACCUGCAACCUAUGUCUCAAUACCUGCAACCUCACUCACAACACCUGCAUCCUCACCCUCAACACCUGCAUCCUCACUCUCAACACCUGCAUCUUCACUCCCAACACCUACAUCCAGCCUCACUCUCAACAUCUGCAACCUCACUCUCAACAAGUGCAACAUCACUUUCAACACCUGCAACCUCACCCUAUACCUUACUCUCAACACCUGCAACCUCACCCUAAACACCUGCAACCUCACCUUCAAGACAUCCAGCCUCACUAUCAACAUCUGCAACCUGACUCUCAACAAGUGCAACAUCACUUUCAACACUUGCAACCUCACCCUAUACCUCACCCUCAACACCUGCAACCUCACCCUAUACCUCACCCUCAACAUCUGCAACCUGACUCUCUACACCUGCAACCUGACUCUCUACACCUGCAACCUGACUCUCAACAUCUGCAACCUCACCCUCUACCUCACCUUCAAGACAUCCAACCUCACUCUCAACACCUGCGAAGAGUUUGAAGUCAGUCGAAGGUGUUUGGACGCCGUCAUGAGGAAACGUUCUGCCGAGGGUUUGGGGGCAACAUGCAGAAAGCCAACUGAGUCCCAUCACAUGUGA